CCGCUGACUCUCCUGUCGCGUCCAGCUCGCUGUCAGCUCGCAGCGGAGCCGCGAAAACCCGAUAAAACUCGGUAAAACUCGGUAAAAGUCGGUAAAAGUCCGUUUAUUACGUGUUUCCGGCGGCGGGAGAGUCUCCGUGGUGUGUGUUGAGUCCCGGCUGACGGUUAACGGUAACUCCCGUCACUUUACCGGAGAAGUGACGGAGAGCUAACUGUGGCUAACGGCUAACGGACCGUGACGCCGUGACGCCGCUCCGCUCCUCCCCGGGAAUCAGCGCUGCCGCCCGGGUCGCUCCGGGUCUUUAGGGUCUCUCCUCCGGAGCUCGGUGCCCGGAACUCUAACAACUAGUUGAGAAGCUGUCUGGGGAUGGAGCCGGGAGGUCAGGCUGAGUAGCGGGAUCUGAACCUACCGCCCUCCUCUUCCUCAUUCCUCCUCCUCGGAGCCCCCGGAGGUAGAGCCGCUCCGGGGCCGGAGGAGAGGCGCCAUGGCCGGGGACUCCUCCCCCAGCUUCAGCCUCCUCCACCGGACCUGCAAGCUGGUGGUGCUGCUCUGCUUCCUGCACAUCUCCGUCACCGUCGUCUUCUACGUCCGCUCCCUGGACAUCCGGUUCGCCUUCGUCCAGAACCAGCAGUCCCACAGCAACACCUCCAGCCGGCCCAACAGGGCCCCCCAAGCCCCGCUCGGCCCCGGGACCGGGACCGGGACCGGGACCGGGACCGGGACUGGUGAGGCCCAGCAGAAGCAGCCGGAGCCGGGGAAGGAGGUGAAGGAGGAGGAUCCACCCGGGGAGAAGAACCCCGGGGAGCCGGAGGAGAAGCUCCAGGAGGAGAAGCUCCAGGAGGAGAAGCUCCAGGAGGAGAAGCUCCAGGAGGAGAAGCUCCAGGAGCCCGAGAAGAAGCUGGAGAAGUGCCCGGAGACCUCCCCUCUGCUGGUGGGUCCCCUGCGGGUGGAGUUCGGGUCCCCGGUGGACCUGGAGCAGGUGAAGAGGUCUAACCCGGCGGUGCGGCGCGGCGGCCGGUUCCGUCCGGCGGACUGCGAGGCGCGGCGGAAGGUGGCCAUCAUCAUCCCGUUCAGGAAGAGAGACGAACACCUGAAGUACUGGCUGUUCUACCUGCACCCCAUCCUCCAGAGACAGCAGCUGGACUACGGAGUCUACGUCAUCAACCAGGACGGAGACGAGACGUUUAACCGGGCCAAGCUGCUGAACGUGGGCUACAAGGAGGCUCUGAAGGACCAGGACUACGACUGCUUCGUCUUCAGCGACGUGGACCUGAUCCCCAUGGACGACCGCAACACCUACAGCUGCUACAGCCAGCCGAGACACCUGUCGGUCGCCAUGGACAAGUUCGGCUUCAGGUUACCUUACAAUCAGUAUUUUGGAGGCGUGUCCUCGAUGAGUAGAGAUCAGUAUCUGAAGAUCAACGGCUUCCCCAACAACUACUGGGGCUGGGGAGGAGAGGACGACGACAUCUACAACAGGUUGUCGUCUAAAGGAAUGUCCAUCUCCAGGCCGAGUGGAGAGAUCGGGAAAUGUCGGAUGAUCCGCCACCAGAGAGACAAACAGAACGACCCCAACCCCCAGAGGUUUAACCGGAUCGCCCACACCAGAGAGACGAUGGCGAGGGACGGGAUCAACUCGCUGGCGUACCGCGUGGUGACCACGGAGCGCCUGGACCUGUACACCAAGGUGACGGUGGACGUCGGGAAGCCAUGACGGCGAGCGGCGGCGGCGGGCGGCUGACAGGAAGUGGCAAGCCGGCCCGCUGCAGUAAAACACUUGAAUCUGUGCUGGAUGGGAACAUCAGCUGCUGGUGUCUCUGAGCUCUGAGCUCCUCUCUGAUUGGCUGCUGGCCGCGGCCAAUCAGCAUCAUGAACACGCCUUUAUUUUGAAAAUCUGUCAGAGACAAUCAGGGGUCACAUGUUACUGGUGGAGGGUGUGUGUGUGUGUGUGUGUGUGUGUGUGUGUGUGUUGAUAAUCAGGUGACUAAUUAUUGUUUUUUUUAUAAAAUCAUUGAUUCUGUGAUUAAUUUAAAUCUGAUCAGCUUCGAGCCAAAACAACCAAAAAUCACCUUUAUGUGUCUUAGAGCUGCUCAACCAAACACCGUGAUGUCAUCGCCGUGAUGUCAUCGGUCAGUUUGGAUCAAUAAUCCAACAGAUUUAUCAGAAACAAUCCGUGUGCAUGUUGUUGUUGUUGUUGUUGACAGGUUUGUUUGUUUAUCUU